AAAUUGUUCACAGUACUGAUCAAACUAUUUGGUUGGCUGGACAAGAUAUUUAUCUGUAGUUAAAAAUGAACAAAAUAAUUGUCACUGCAUUUCUGGUUACGUGCUUUGUUGCACUUUCCAUGGCAUCGCCAGUACCAGAGGAUGAUGACCAAAUCGACGAAACGCCUCUAACCCAAGGAAAUGAUGACCAUCACUUGCACAGAGUGAAGCGACAAUUUGGUGGAUUUGGCAAUCGACCAUUUGGCGGAGGUGGAUUUGGAAAUCGACCUUUUGGCGGGGGUGGCUUUGGCAAUCGACCAUUUGGCGGGGGUGGCUUUGGCAACCGACCUUUUGGCGGAGGUGGAUUUGGAAAUCGACCUUUUGGCGGGGGUGGCUUUGGCAAUCGACCAUUUGGCGGAGGCGGAUUUGGCAAUCGACCUUUUGGCGGAGGUGGAUUUGGAAAUCGACCUUUUGGCGGAGGCGGAUUUGGCAAUCGACCUUUUGGCGGUGGCGGGUUUGGCAAUCGACCUUUUGGCGGUGGCGGGUUUGGCAAUCGACCUUUUGGCGGUGGCGGGUUUGGCAAUCGACCUUUUGGUGGCUUCGGGAGACCAUUCGGCUCGGGAUAAAGAUUCCAUGGUUUUUGAGAAUAAUUUUUUUCUUAGGUGAAGCUAUGGUGAUCUAAUGAUUAAAAAAUACCUAAGUAUGCAUUUACUACAACGUUCAAAAGUGACAAACCCACAUUACUUUACCAUUUCUUAACCGAUUUUUGCGAAAUAAGUGCCGAGAGUUAAUUAUAAUGGUCUACUUUUGGAUUCCAACUCUGGUCGGUUGUGAGCCUACCCAUUCCUGAGAUAUUCUCAAAAAACACCCUCCAAAAAGUGACAUUGCUUUAUACGAAAAAAUUGAGGACCUAAAUCAAAAAUGUACUGUGAAAAAAAGUUUCUAAAUAUUUUUAGCUUUAAAUUAACUUUGAGAUAAUCAAAAUCGGAUAAGAAAUGGCCACGAUAUUCAUAAAUGCAAGUACCACUGCUCACCUGGUGGUAUUGCUAUGGUUUGUUGCUAUUGCAAGUAUUUUAAUCGCACUUCCCUUCGCUUCACCUAAGCCGCCCGUUUUAGGGAUCUAUCUUGUGUAUGCAACUAACCAAAAAAUCAAAUCCAGUUCCCGGAUGAGAUAUGUAGAAUUAUAAUGUGAUUUAUUCAGAAUUAUAUUUUUCAUUACUAACUUGUCA